AUGUCAAAAAUGUUUAUGUUAUUGUUCCCUUACGGGCUAUCGAACAAUUAUCCGGUCGUGGUUUUGCGUUUACCUUUUGGCAGUCAUACCUCCAAAGAAGCCUUAAAUACUUUGGAAAUCAUAAUGCAUGAUAAUUUUCAAGAGUUAUUAAAUGUCCGUAAAUUUAGAAAUAGCGAAAAUCAGCCCGAACAAGAAGUAAUUGAAAAACCUUUUAGUUAUUAUCAUCCAAGUUGCGAAGUUGUUGCCAAAAAAAAUUUGGAGGAAGAAUUUGCCAAAAGAACCAAAGGCUACCAACUUGUCAAGGGUUUAUAUAAUUAUGAUACUUUUGAUAGUGGAAUUGAGUUUCAGUUUGCCAAGUUAAUUGACAGAACCAAAAGAAAAAUUAAGGAUGAUAAUAAUCCUAAUCCGGAAAUAGAUGAGAAAAAUCAGGCGGCGAAAGAAUGGGUAAAUGCUUUAAAUUUGGAGUUAAGAGAAAAGGCAAGAAAAAAUAAAAAGUGA